CAAAUGGUCUGUCUGGCUUCGUUUCAUAUCUAGAGAGAUGGGAAGUAACAAGAAGAAGGUGGGAUGUGGAGGUGGAGAGGAGGGGAGAUGGGAGGGGCUUAACCCAGAGGUGCUGGCUCAGAUAUUCGUGAGGAUAGAGGCGGAGGAGAGGGUGAACACGGUGGGUCUGGUGUGCAGGUCCUGGUUGGAGGCUGUGGCUGGCCCCUACUGCUGGACCGACAUCGACAUCGAGCAGUGGUGCCGCAGGUCUAACCGCCCCCCUCACCUCGUCGACUCCGCUGUCAGGAAGCUCGUCCGUCGCAGCAAAUGCACCUUCACCCGCCUCUCUGCUUACAAGCUCAGCGACUCUGCCUUCUCCUUCAUCGCCAACUGCGCGAGAUAUCUCAAGGUCCUGCAAAUUCCUAUGAGCGAGGUCACUGAUAAGAUGGUUGAGAAGCAUGCAGGGUCACUUGUGAAUAUCACUGUCUUGGACAUUAGCUAUUGUUUGAAGAUCACAUGCAAAGGCCUUACAUAUUUUGGAAAGAAUUGCAAGUCCCUCAUUCACUUGAAACGGAACAUGCCCCCACCAGAAUGGGAAAAUCCCACACAAGUGGUGACUUUUAAGAUUGAUGAUUCCGAGGCAAUGAUCAUAGCUGAUACGAUGACAGGCCUCCGUCAUCUUCAACUUGGUUUUGGGCGUUUUGGUGACCAUGGGCUUGAUUCUAUCCUUACCAAGUGCAAGGAACUUACCCAUCUUGACAUUCAAGGUUGUUGGAAUGUGGAGAUGGAGGGUGAACUUGAAGACAAGUGUAAGCGACUUGCAGUGUUCAAGAGCCCCUGGCUUGAUGAUUAUGAGGAUGAAGGCUCUUCAGAAACUGAUGGCAGUGGAGCCGAUACUAGUGAUCAAUCAUCUUCCUCAGACUCGGAUUAGUUUUUGGUCCUUUCAUGUUCUAGUUUUUUACUUUUCACACCGUAAAUGCAUGCAUGAUGAGAUUGUGUAUAUGGGUAUACAGUGCAUAUAGUAUAGGAAUCUUAGUCACUUCUUUCUGAUGAGAUACAUCUUGAGGUUUGCUAAAGAAACUAUAAGAAUUGGUGGAUAUAAUUAUGUCAUUAUAGGAAGAUGGAGCUGGGAACUGGUUAUCUAAAGUUAGCCUUUUUAUA